ACAGGCAGGAUCGGUUGCGUAAAUACGUUUGAAAGGCCCUAUCAGCGCGACGGGCGGCCCGUUUGAUCUGUGCGCCGGCUUGGACUGUGCGGAUUCCAGGCUGUGAGCGGCCUGCGCCAUGGAUCCUAAAGACCAGCCGGAUAACAGGCUGCUGCGGCAUCUCCAGGAAAGCCGGAACCGUUUCCAGACGUUCAUGCAUCGGCUGAUAGCGAAGUACAACCAGCCCUUUGAGGACGACCCUUUGGUGCAGAUGUCCACGCUGACCUACGAGACGCCCCAGGGAUUGAGAGUUUGGGGAGGAAAGUUGAUAAAGGAAAAAAGCAAGGAACAAACUCAGGACUCUUCUAUGAGGAUGAUUACCAGAUUAAACAGGCAAGCUCCAGACAGCAGUGAGCAUUUACAGCCCUGCAUACAAGUCCCGGGAGAUGAUUCAGAAAGCAGCGGAGCAGAUACAAGCGCAGAUGAAGAGGAGCGGCUGCCUGGCGCCUUGAUGCCUACAGUGCCUGGAAGCCCUUUGAAAAAUGACUUAAGAUGGAAGUACUUGACCCAGGUGGAUAUACUGCUUCAAGAUGAGGAAUAUUUUAAGAACGCAGAAAAGAGAAAUGGAAAAGACACACUCAUGACUUUUGUUUCUUCCUCACGGGUCACACCACCCCCUGGAUGCCAGGAUGGUAUCUCUGAAAAGAGCUUUGGUAGCCCUCAAGUGUCGGCUUCAUCUUCCAGAGACUGGAGUACCUCAAACCCUUGCCAGGCUGACAUGACCAUUAUGCCUAGAAAUGACAGCUUCUCCUUUCUAGGGACCAGCAGCAGCAGCUUAAGCAGCCAGCCCCUUGAGGUUGAUAACAUUUGCGAUGUGACAGUCAGUGAUAUGUAUGAAGGCAUGAUGUAUUCAAUGAGUAGGCUGCUGAGCUUAAAGCCAUCGUGUAUAAUCUCCACCAAGACCUACAUCAACCAGAACUGGAACCCCAGGAGGAGGCUGUCACAAAAGAGCAGGGUGCACAUGAAUAGGACAUACAGCCACAGAAGCAAGCCCUUUCAGAGGAGCUCCAAGAAGGGGCCCUCUUCAAAGCCAGGGAAAGAGGUAUUAAGAGACUGCAAGAAUUUAUUACACACUGCUCCCAAGACAGACUUAAAACUGGAAAGGGGAUCUCUUGAAGGGAGCAAACUCCAAGUCUAUAAAUUCAAUCCAGCAUGGAAGGAGCUUCAGGUGAUGCCUCAGAAGUAUUUAGACUUAAACACAGCAAACUAUCAUGAGCAAGAAAAUAGAGUGAAGACAUUACAAUGGCUAAUUUCACCUGUUAAAAUAGUUCCCAGACCAGGGAUGCUUCCAAGUCAAGCAGAAAAGUGGUAUAAGGAAAUUGAAAUGAAAUUUGACAAACUUCAUCAGGAAUGUAGCCUGUCUUCUGAGAAACAACUUCCCCUGGCUGGCCCCACAGAGUCCUGGGCUGUAGAUGUGUACAGAGGUACUUCUAGAAGCCCAGGCAGCCCCCAGGGCAUAAAAACACACAGGCUGAGUUCACCUUUCAACAGAGGAAAGAAGAGGUCAAGUGAGGCUUUUGAAGACAUAAGUGAAAUGUCUGUCAAAGCGGAUAGCUGUCUCCCAAGUGGCCAUCCCACUCUAUUACCAUUGGGGGGCAACACCUCGGCUGGUCUUUUUCUUCAAAGACAUAAUUUUGGACCAAUCAGAAAGGCAGUAUCACCCAGUACAGCUAAUUCAGUACCAUGGACAAGCCCCUGGGGCCAUGGGAGGAAUCGCUAUGAUGAGAUUAAGGAAGAAUUUGAUAAGCUUUAUCAGAAGUAUUGCUUGAUGUCACCUCCUCAACAGGUGAAAAUGACCUCAUGUGUUACAGUAUCUUCGAAGAAAGCUGGGGCAGCUGUUCCUAGUCAGACGGAGGACUUAAGAAAAUUAAAUCCAGACUCUGGAUUCCAGAGUUCCCCAAAAUUGUCAGCAUCUGGCUGGAACAUAAGAAAACCACAGGACUCAAUUCCAGUUGAAGCUCAAAUGUCUGCACGGACUGCUGGUGCUGUCAUGAGAGACCCUCGCUUCCCAACAAAGAGGCGCAAGUUGUCAUACCCCCCAACGUGUGCACACUAGACCACGUCUCAGGACUCCUCAGGAGCAGCAGGCAAAGCAAUGCCCUGACCAGAAAAGCAGGCCAUCCCUGUGUGGCCUGACUGCUGAUAAGGUCUUCCUGUCUGUUGGGCAUGAUGUCUACGUGUAAGGAGUAGCUGUUGAGGUGCAAGACGCUGUGGCAGACAUUUGUGUUUCUCUUGCUGGAGAUGGGACUCAGGGUAUCACACUUGCUAAGCAGUCUACCGCUGCAUCUCCCUCCCCAUAGCCACUCCGCCCCUUCCCAGCCUUCUCCCCUGCCCUGCAUCACUGUCAUCUCUGUCUUUUAAUGGGGAAUGUUAGUGGUGCCCUGGGCUUCCCCAGCCACCCAGUCAAGCUCAACCAUUAUUGUGUCUCCUGACCAUAUUCGGGGGGAUCCUCAAUGGCAUUCUUUCUCUUAAUUGUGAUUAUUUGCCUUGUCUCUGCUCCCCUCACCCACAUCUUCACCAUCCUAACGUCUGCCUCUAUGUAGUGGUGCCUUUGAGCACUCACCCAUGCUUCACCAGGACAUGGUUUAGACAUUGGUAAGUCCAUGGACGUGGAGCAUAACUAAGAACACUUGACUUGACCUUUGGAGUUCUGGAUUUUUUUUUUUUUUUCAAUUUGGCUUUUGAGACAGGGUCUGACCUUGGACUGACCUUGGCCCCACUAUAUAAUCCGGGUGGCCUUGAGUAUCCUGAUCCUCCUGUCUCCGCUUCCCAAAUGCUGAGAUUAUUUUUGCUUUCUAAUUUAUUUUCAUGAGUAAAAUACUUUAUGAACUAGAUCUUCCUGGUUGAACUUUCAGGAAGGGACCUGCCUAGGAUCAGACCACAAAUGACACCACAAGGAGUAGGACCAGAUAUGCAAAGGAACCCUGAUCCUAGGUGCCGUGCCAACUGGGUCUCUGGCUGCCUCCUAUGGCAGAUGCCCCUGCCAGGGUGCACUCACCAACAGUCUCCUUUGCUCUUGGUCUUGAGUUCUUUAACAUGAUGGAAUUUCCCACCAGGAACAUAAACCUUUAUAAGUGCCGUCGAGUAGAAGUUAGGCAUUCAGUGGCUGACCUUGAAGCACCAUUGAGAUUAUACUAAGAAUUGUUUUUUCAUCAAUCGUGAUGGAAAAGUGAUUUUUAUUAGGUAAAUCCAAAGUUUAAAAAUCUUGCCUCUAGUUCUUAGAUGGUGGCUCUGGCUCUGUCACUGUGUCACCCAGGCUGACCAUAGAUGGCACCUCAAGCAUGCAGCACCACUACUGUUCUGCCUUUGCUUUGUGUGUCGCCCUGCUUGAAGUGUCCGCCCUUAAUGUAGCUCUGGGGCAGCUGGUGCCAUGGGAAGUACCUGAUAUUAAUUUGCAAAUAAAGUUAUGCAGUUAGCAUUUUCAGUGUCAAUCAGUCCUGUGGGCCCAUUUAUCUCAUUUUUUUUCUCAUUUAGACAUGCUUUCUAGAACAUUCUUCACAUUUUCUGUUUUGUUAUAACAUCACUUUCUUAUGAAACCUAUAUUUGAGCCUCAGACACAGUGAUCCUUGAACCCUAACCACACAGUGACUUUUGAAGUAAAUAGGACUGUCGGGUCUUUAAAAGAGACAGCUCUCUGAAACCACCUUAAAUUCACCUACAAGAAGUAAUUCCAAGGUCUUGUCUUGAUGCUUUUAAAAGAGAUUUGAAAUAUUUCGGAGGUAUUUCCAGUUGCUCUUGUAGCCAUGCAAUAUCCAUGAGGCCUACUGAGGUGGGUUCUGGUUGCCAAUAGCUGGUUUUGUUUGUUUUGUUUGAUUUUUCGAGACAGCAUUUCUCUGUGUAGCUUUGUAGACCAGUCUGGCCUCGGAACUCAUAGAGAUCCUCCUGCUUCUGCCUCCCCAGUGUUGAGAUUAAAGGCGUGCGCCACCACCGCCCAGCUGCUGGUAGCUGUUUUUAAUGAACAAUUUCCCAUGUAUUGUGACAAAACCCAUGUGCCAACCCUUCAGUGACAGUUGUUGGUACCCUGCUACCGUGUGAAUGUUUCAAUGUAAAACCGAAAGCCCUGUUUUUUUCCUGUCCCUCCCUCAGCAGGUUUCUCUCAGGCCUCCAGCCAGGACCAAAUUUGUAGUGCCUAUGACUCUGCUCUGGCCACCCAGACAGUUUACCAUGAGCUGGGCGGUUUACACAGCCAAGUUGCUAGUAGUGGACUGUUAAAAGGGUAGAAGGCUGAGAUGAAGGCAUAUGCUUGGCCGGUUCUGCUCAGGCAGGCUGGCUUGGAUUUGUCUGGGCUUCAUCUGGACUUGAAGGACUUAAGUCAGUGAGAACUUAGAUCCUGACACCCUGUAGGAGGCUCAUGAUUCCUUCAGAACAUUUUAGCAGUUCUUACAGGCUUAGGCACUCCCAGGGCAGGCAUAGCCUCUGCACCUCUAGACCCUUCUUUGGGCCUGCUGCUUCCUGAGAACUCUGGUCUAGUAUCACCUAGUGGAAGAAGCUGGGCUGGGCUUGACAAAGGUAGAAGUCAGUGUAGAAGAUUUGCUGACAGAAUGGCUAACUGGUAACUUCUGGUUUUAACUCACAUAAAUAAUAGUUUUGCUUCAAGGGGGUUCACAUUUGACAGGAGCUUGCAUAUGCGGGUGCUGUGGUUUAAGUGUCUCCCACAGGUACAUAUAUUGGAAGAGUGUCCCCAGGGUUGUAACACUGGUAGGCGUGUGUACCUGUUGUAUGGCGGGUUUCUCUAACUGAGUGGAAAUUUUUCCUCUUGGAAAGGAUUAAGGACUUUGUCCUAGAACUUUGUUGAGUUCUCAUGAUGGUUAUAAAAGCCCAAGCUUGACUUCACUUGACUCUAGCUUUCUGCUACAAGCUGCAGGAUUAGGUAGCAAUUAUUUGACCAUCAUUUUAUAAGGUCAACGCAUCAGAAUCAAGGAAUCUGUUGGAGGAUUAAACCCAGACGUAAGGCAUGUUGAAGUUACUGCCCUUCGACCCUUCGAAUGAAUUGGCUGUUUUCUUCCUGUAGAUUUCUUGCUGUAGCUUAUUCCCAUCUGUUACAAAUUUCAGACUUGUUUCCCACAGUUCAGCAUUAUUUGAUCAUUUAUUGGGCACAAUUUCCCGUAUGCUUUUGGAGUAUAUUGAUAGCAUCCCCUGCUUAUGUGUGAAAACAGUCACACGAUCAAAGUUUCCCAUAACCAGGUCUUUGUGUCUUCCUCCAAUGUAAACAUAGAGCUAUGCCUUCCUGCAGUUAUCUUUAUUGGCGAGCAUUUGGUCAGCAUUAAGUGUCCAGGCAAAAGUAUUUCAAGGACAUGGGAUUACUGCUGCCUAAAACUGUUUAUUCAUAGCCACUUAGAUAGCUAGAAAAUAAGCAUGCCCUGGUUUUACCUUGCUUGCAGAGAAGAGAAGGGGUAACCUAAACCUCACACUAAAUGAUUUUUAAUUCCUUGUCUUUACCUUCACCUCGGUUUAUUAACCCAAGAUUUUAGCUUAGAGAUUUAUUGCUUAGAAUAACUAGAAAGGUAAUCAGCCAUUUGCUCGUCCUCAGAGAAGUAAACUUUCCUACAGACCUGCACCUUGUGGCCAGGGCAGCUAUAAGGUGCCAGGUUCCUUUUCUUGUGGGAAUUAGCUUAAAUCCUCUUUGUUCUACAACCUUGAGCAAUAGGUGCUAUCCUUAGGCCUAAAAAGCUUCUUUUAGCAGCUGACCGUAGCAAAAGUGUGGCUGCAGACCAAAAGCUGCACCUAUUUAUAACUGCUGCUUACACAAAUUGCCUAGCUACUGACGACUCUUAACCCGCCCUUUGUAAAAAUGGAGCUGGAGAGCCACUUGGAAGCAGCCCAUGGAGAAAAAAAAAAAGUUUUUACCUUACUCAUGAAAUCUGCUGAUUAAUAGAAUUUUAGCUUAAUACUUAGCCACACGUACAUAAGCACACGAUUUCUCCCUUUUAUACUCCCUUGUUGAUUUAUUCCCUAGGUGACCUCAUCAUGGAGCCUUUACUGACCACUCUUACCUGGUGCCAUAUAUCAUAGCUAACAGUUAUUCUCCUGUGUGUGAAUCUUAUCUACCUUGGUGAUCUCACAUUGCAUUGCCAAAAGAAUUAUUGUUGUAAAUGUGUAUAUGCUGGUACCCUUGCUGUAGAAAAAGAACUAUUGUAGAGCAAUAAAGAGAUGGAUAGAAAGA